GAGGCUGGUCAGUGAGCGUCGCGGCUGUAAACAGUCUGAGCUCCGGGUGGAUCCGACCAGAACCCGGACCGAGGCCAAGGAACGCUGCGCAGGUCUGCCCACACCUCAACAAUGACCAUCCUGGAGGACGGAGACCUGCACACCUUCAGUCAGGAGCUGCCGGCCGUGUUUGACGGUGUGAAGCUGGCAGCCGUGGCGACGGUCCUCUACAUCCUCGUCCGCUGUCUGAACCUGAUGAGUCCCACUGCACCGCCAGAGAUCGUCUACCAGGACACGCUGCUCAGCCGAUACCUACUGAAGUCCUGCCCCAUGCUGACCAAAGAAUACAUUCCUCCCUUGCUCUGGGGGAAGAGCGGUCACCUCCAGACGGCUCUCUACGGCAAGAUGGGUCGUGUCAACACGCCCACGCCGCACGGGGUUCGCAAGUUCCUCCCGAUGCUGCAGGAUGGGGCUACAGCGACCUUCGACCUCUUUGAAGCCCUCGGAGACCACAGCACAGGAGAUGACAUCACCAUGGUAAUCUGCCCUGGGAUUGGUAACCAUAGCGAGAAAAACUACAUUCGGACCUUUGUGGAUUACUCCCAGCAGCAGGGCUACCGCUGCGCCGUCCUCAACCACCUGGGAGCCCUGCCCAACAUGGAGCUCACCUCGCCUCGCAUGUUCACCUGCGGCUGUACGUGGGAGUUUGCGGCCAUGGUGGGCUACAUCAGGCGAGCCUUCCCCCAGACGCUGCUCGUGGUGGUUGGCUUCAGCCUGGGAGGGAACAUUGUCUGCAAGUAUCUGGGGGAGAACCGGUCGAACCAGGAGCGAGUGCUGUGCGGCGUCAGCGUCUGCCAGGGCUACAGCGCCCUCAGAGCUCAGGAGACAUUCUUUCAGUGGGACCAGUGCCGCCGGCUCUACAACUUUGUUUUGGCGAACAGCAUGAAGAAGCUCAUCCUGCCGCACAGGGACAGUCUGCUGAGCCUAAACUCCAGCAGCAUCGCCGACGCAGACCUGAGUCGAGUGUCUGCAGCGACGUCUCUGAUGCAGAUUGACGACAGCAUCAUGAGAAAAUUCCACGGCUACAGCUCGCUGAACGAGUACUAUGAGAAGGAGAGCUGUGUGCACUACAUCCACAAAAUCACCGUGCCCUUACUCCUGGUGAAUUCCUUAGACGACCCGCUGGUUCACCCGUCGCUGCUGGCUGUCCCCCGCUCCCUCACAGAAAAGAUGCCCAAUGUGAUGUUUGCCCUGACCCAGCACGGAGGCCACAUGGGCUUCUUCGAGGGCGCGGUGCUGCUCCCCCAGCGCCUCUCCUGGAUGGACAAGGCCAUCGUGGAGUACGCCGACGCCAUCUGCCACUGGGAGAAGAAGAAGAGGUGGUCGCUCUGUGAGAGGAGCGGCCACGGAGACGCAAACGUCUGCUCGCUGAACACAGAGGCGACGCACAGCGGGUGACCCACACACGUGCGCAUGCACAUGCACGUGCACAACUUCCUGUGUGUGCGCUUGCUUUGCACACACAGGCUUUCCUGGGACAUGUGCGUGAGUUAGACUGAGUGCAAGAGGACGAACCGGGCGGGAAGUGGAAACACCGCAGCAGAAGAUUCCCUCUGCUGAGCUGCUUCCUCCUCUUUCGUUUAGCUUCUAGUCAAACGGCGGCUCGCCCUCUGCAGGCUGCUGCUUCUGCAGGUUUAGCAGCAGGCUGAACGAAGCGCGGCGAGAGGCGUGAAUAUGUCCUAUGAAUUCAGUCAAGGAAGAAGAAAUCUACCGAGUCAUCCAAGUGGAUUCUGUUCAUCCAUAUAAAACUCUCUGACGGCCUCGCCAGGACUCAAGUGCCUUGAUAUGAAUGCUAAUGCCUGUAAUAGUUUUGGUUUCUGAUCCCAGAACACUAAUUCCAUGGUUUAGCAUGUUGCUCAUGUGGGCAGACUGAAACUCACCGUAUCUUACCAGAAGUGCCCGUUUGACACUUUGCACAUUAGUUGGCAAGUGAUUAAUGCCACAGCUUCCUGUUUCUUGUCAUGCAGUGAUUAAAAUCCUCUCUCCGAAAUGAAACUGUUAAUUACAAGAUAAAUGUUCUGACAGAUUUCGUUUUUAUCUCAGCUCGGUGAUAUUUUAAUUUCCUCUAAAUGAGAAGUAUUGCAGGAGAUUUCGGCUCUCAGAGCAAGAGGACAGUUUUCUUUUAGAUUUUCUGCAGAAGCCUUCCUUUGAAAGCGAACCUUCUUUGCUGUUUUUGUUUUUAAGGAAACAAGACUUCCCAGCUUUCAGCAGAGUAUCGAUGUCACUUGCUUAGUCUGGAGCUCCUGCAAUAUCCAUGACCUUCACUGUUCUGAAACAAGCUUUUUGUGACUGAUUGUUGUUUUUUUCACUGCAACUCUUCAACAGGGCUUGAAGGAUUAUUUGUUAAAAGGACUUUUAGUUGUAUUUAUUUGUGAUAGGGUGAUCAUUUUCGUGUCUGUGGUUCACAUGAGCGCUGAACUGUGUUAGCUCUGUUUUGACCACCUUUGUUCAGUCACAUCACUAAAACAUGAAAUGGACUUUUUUUAGUAAGCCCGAUGAGCGCUUGAUUUGUGUGUUUCUAUCAGAUAAGGUGUCAUUUCCAGUUUCCCCUUUCUGUGCAGCGGACCAUCAGCUUUCAUAACCAAAUGAGUCAGGGCUUGAGAAUUUGUUAAAGCGGUUUAAAACCUGUAAAACUGAGCGAACGGAGCUGCGGAUUUUCUUUUAUUUAACUGGAACAUUGGCACUUUAUGGCAGGCAGCUGUAACAUCCUCCAAACACGGCAUCAUUCCUCCAGGAGCUGCUCCACCGUGCCUUAAAGCUGCACACAACAGUACAUCGAAGCUGCUGUUUACACUGGUUAUUGCUGCAGAGCAGCUCCGAUAAGUCUGUUAUCCAGGCCAGGAAAAAAAAAAAUACAAGAACUGGGUCAAACUGUAUUUUCACAUACUUUAACUGGAAAACGAUAAAACUCUGCACUAACACGAGGUGUGAAGCUGUUGUGCAGAAACGGCUUCUCUGGCCUGCGGUUUGGUUCAUGGUGGCGUUCAGAGCUGUCUGUGGCGUGCGUGACUCACAACUUCCUCUGAGGAAGAUCCUGUCAGGUGUUGCUGAAAAGCAGCGGCCUCCUCCCUGUAUUUUGAACCUCUGGUACUCAAGUUCAAACGAAUGUAACUUAUCAACCAUGAAACACACACCCUGUUAACGUGCCACUUCUCCAAUAGUUCCUAUUGCCUGACUUUUCUCCGCACUUUAAUAAAUACAUGUCUGUUUUGCACAAA